AGUACUGUCACGUAACCCUUUCUACACACAACUAACUUGGAAGUCUUUCUGCUGCUAUCACGAAGAUGUCUUUGUUCAAUUCGUUACGACGCAUGCGCGCGCCACUCCUUGCCAGGUCAAGGAUCAUGCCCGCUCUGCUUCCGUGUCAGAAGCGCACAUACUGUCCUCUGUUACCUUUAGAAACAGAUGAAAUCGCACCACCCAGCGAUAUCACCCCGCCAUUUAAUCUCGAGAAGGCUCUGCGAAAAACACGCACAGCCGAGGAUGCGUGGAAUACGCGGGACGCGGUCAAGAUCAGCAUGUGUUAUGCCCCCGAUUGUAAGUGGAGGAAUCGCUCCCAGUUUCUUCACGGACGCGACGAGAUUCAGGCGUUCUUAAAAACCAAAUGGGAGAAGGAGCUCGACUACCGAUUGAUCAAAGAGAUGUGGUGCUACACAGACGACAAAAUCGGCGUGCGCUUCCAAUACGAAUGGCGCGACGACAAAGGUCAGUGGUACAGAUCAUACGGCAACGAAAUGUGGCACUUCAACGCCGACGGGAUGAUGUCCAGGCGCGAGGCUAGCAUAAACGACGUCGCUAUCACAGAGAUUGACAGGAGAUUCACUUGGCCCAUUGGCGCACGCCCGGAUUACCAUCUGGGCCUAGCCAACUCACCCGAGUAGGGUUAGUGUUGUUGAGCAGUAGGGGGGUGGGGGUGGGCUUAUAUAGUAUGUUAUUGUAUGUGACACAGGUCCACGGGGAAACGAAUAAAUGCGGCGCAGUAUGCAACGACAAUGAAGCUACAGGGAACUAGUAUCUGUCACUGUGCGUGAUACACAAAGUAGCUGCCAUUGUGCAUGAUACAACUAG